GGAACCAGUGGGCGAGGCGUGCGCCAGGCGCAGCCUGCGCGUGGAUAGGGCUAUCGUGGUGAUGGUGGUCGUCGCAGCGGUGCCCGCGGCGGCGCAUACUCAAUGUUCAAUGUGCGGCCACUUUGGUUGCGACAAGUACAGCAAUGCCUGCUGCAGCAUCUGCGGCGGUAGCUACCUCAACCACGGUGACGCCGGCAAAACCAAGGUGUCCAACACUACGCAGCUCGCCAACGAUCUCGCGGAGUUGGCCAAGAAGUACCCUCAGAUGGCUGGUCUUCUCGGGCAGGGUGUGGAGAAGCAGGUUGAGGCCAAGUUCACCGAGCUGGCAAAGGACGUGGAGGUCCAGUCUCGAGCAGAGAGGAUCGCCCAGACUGAGGUGCAGUCCAGGCGCGCUGCUGCCAUUCGUCACCGUGAAGCGUUUGCCCAGGCCGAGGCUAAGCACGCGCAAGCGGUGCAGCAUCUUCACGAGCAGCAG